GCAGCGGCGGCGGGUUCGAAUGUGUAGGCUAAAGACCAUCAUUUUUCUGUUCAAUUUAAAUGUUGUACAUUUUAGAUGUCAUAACUCCCUCUGUCUUAUCUGACACACACUUGUCUGACUCAGGCCUUUUUACCCUUCUGUGCAGUUGGCCCACUUGUUUCUGAUGUUUCUGAUUCAUUCAUUUGAAAUAAGGAAUUGUUAUUAUCUAGGCUACUGUUCGUUUUUGUUUAUUCAGGAGAAAAGAUAUUGAGUUCUACGAUUACAUUGCCAACAUCACUGAAAAAACCCUGUUCAAUGGUAUGAUUAUGGUCACGAUUAUCCUCAACGCUCUAUUCAUGGCUUUGGAGACUGACUAUGAUUUGAAAUACAAACUUUUUGGAUUCUUUGAGGUGGGUAAUUUGCUGAUUGCAAUUUGCAAAACUGAGAAACACUGACAUGGAAGCAUACACAAUUACGUUGAAAAUGUAACAGUUCCAUAAACCAAAGCUUUGUAGCAGGUGUUGUAUCCAAAUAUGUCCUCUACUAAAAUCCUGACCUCCCUUCACCCUAUUGUCAUCAAACAGAUUGCAGACGAAUUCUUCAUGGCCAUUUACACCAUGGAGUUCUUGAUGAAGGUGUACGUUAACCCAGGGGUUUACUGGAAAAACGGCUACAAUGUGUUCGAUGCUAUUAUUUUGGUCAUUUCAUUCGUGCCUAUGUUCGCUGACGGAGGGGACUCCAGUGCAAUGGGGACCAUGCGCAUCGUCCGCGCAUUUCGCUCUUUGCGCGUUCUGAAGACCGUGUCGUUCAUUCGGGGCCUGCAGGUGAGAAUGACGCCAUUGGCCGUACAAUACUAGGCCAUAGAAAUGUAUCUGUUACGUUGGUCUUUUGAUACCUUUUUAAAGUUGAUGGUAGAUAAUAAAGCAAACGUUAAUCAGUUAUCUCUUGGGGUCACUCGGGUGUCAGAUUUGUUGAGAUUUGAGUGUUCUCUCUCUCUCUUUUGUUGUUGUGUUUCGUUUGAAUGACAGGCCUUGGUUGUAGCUCUGUUCAAGACCAUGAAGAGUGUGGUCUAUGUCCUGGGUCUGAUGUUCCUCCUGAUGUUCAUCUUUGCCAUAAUUGGAUACUACUACUUUGGAGACCCCAACACUGGAGACCCCGAGAACUGGGGAGACCUGGGCUGUGCCCUGUUUACACUUUUCAGUUUAGUGACAGUGAGUAUGAAUUAUAGCCUACCUGAUCCUGGUGGAAAUCUUGCUUAGGGUCCCCAAAAGGGGGCAUGUUUUCAUGAGCUUGGGUCCCAGGAAAACACUGAAUUUCUCAUUUGGGUCCAAGGCUGAAAAAGAACCGCUGCACUAGACAGUCAGCUCAGCCUGGCAGAGGCAUAACCAUGUCCUGUCUGUCCACCAGUAGGCCUAAAUGAUAACCAUGUCCUGUCUGUCCACCAGUAGGCCUAAAUGAUAACCAUGUCCUGUCUGUCCACCAGUAGGCCUAAAUGAUAACCAUGUCCUGUCUGUCCACCAGUAGGCCUAAAUGAUAACCAUGUCCUGUCUGUCCACCAGUAGGCCUAAAUGAUAACCAUGUCCUGUCUGGCCACCAGUAGGCCUAAAUGAUAACCAUGUCCUGUCUGUCCACCAGUAGGCCUAAAUGAUAACCAUGUCCUGUCUGUCCACCAGUAGGCCUAAAUGAUAACCAUGUCCUGUCUGUCCACCAGUAGGCCUAAAUGAUAACCAUGUCCUGUCGGUCCACCAGUAGGCCUAAAUGAUAACCAUGUCCUGUCUGUCCACCAGUAGGCCUAAAUGAUAACCAUGUCCUGUCUGGCCACCAGUAGGCCUAAAUGAUAACCAUGUCCUGUCUGUCCACCAGUAGGCCUAAAUGAUAACCAUGUCCUGUCUGUCCACCAGUAGGCCUAAAUGAUAACCAUGUCCUGUCUGUCCACCAGUAGGCCUAAAUGAUAACCAUGUCCUGUCUGGCCACCAGUAGGCCUAAAUGAUAACCAUGUCCUGUCUGUCCACCAGUAGGCCUAAAUGAUAACCAUGUCCUGUCUGUCCACCAGUAGGCCUAAAUGAUAACCAUGUCCUGUCUGUCCACCAGUAGGCCUAAAUGAUAACCAUGUCCUGUCUGUCCACCAGUAGGCCUAAAUGAUAACCAUGUCCUGUCUGUCCACCAGUAGGCCUAAAUGAUAACCAUGUCCUGUCUGUCCACCAGUAGGCCUAAAUGAUAACCAUGUCCUGUCUGUCCACCAGUAGGCCUAAAUGAUAACCAUGUCCUGUCUGUCCACCAGUAGGCCUAAAUGAUAACCAUGUCCUGUCUGUCCACCAGUAGGCCUAAAUGAUAACCAUGUCCUGUCUGUCCACCAGUAGGCCUAAAUGAUAACCAUGUCCUGUCUGUCCACCAGUAGGCCUAAAUGCGCUUUAGAACAAUUACAGAAUCGUUUUUUUUCUGACAGUCGUAUUCUCACGUCGUCGCCAUUUUGUUGUGGUGUCAUGUGUGAAAUAUGUCAAUGUUAUGUUCCUACAACAACUGUUGUGUCUUUUAUCACAAUAUCCCAACAUGUCAUCUGUUGUGAUAUGAUUAGUGCACAUGUUGAGGAAACAUCUAGGGUUACAAAAUUCCGGUAAUUUCCCCCAAAUACCCAGGUUUUCCAUAAAUCCUGUUUGGAGGAUUCCGGAUUUCCUGCUUAUUCCCUUCUGAUUCCAGGAAUCAUCCAACUGGGAUUUCUGGAAAACCUGGGCAUUUUGGGAAAGGUACUGGAAUUUUGGAACUCUUCUCCCAUUGUCUCUGCCCUCCUCAGGUGGAUGGUUGGACUGAUCUGCAGCAGAACCUUGACGACCUGGGGAUGGACUCCAGCCGCAUCUUCACCAUCGUCUUCAUCCUCAUCGGCUACUUCAUCUUCUUCAACAUGUUCAUCGGCGUGGUCAUCAUGGAGAUCCAGGUACGUACUGGAUUACCACCAUUGUUGUUGUUAAUAAACUCAGAGGUGUAACCCCUCUGCCCCCUGUCCUCCAGGUGUAACCCCUCUGCCCCCUGUCCUCCAGGUGUAACCCCUCUGCCCCCUGUCCUACAGGUGUAAACCCCUCUGCCCCCUGUCCUCCAGGUGUAACCCCUCUGCCCCCUGUCCUCCAGGUGUAACCCCUCUGCCCCCUGUCCUCCAGGUGUAACCCCUCUGCCCCCUGUCCUCCAGGUGUAACCCCUCUGCCCCCUGUCCUCCAGGUGUAACCCCUCUGCCCCCUGUCCUCCAGGUGUAACCCCUCUGCCCCCUGUCCUCCAGGUGUAACCCCUCUGCCCCCUGUCCUCCAGGUGUAACCCCUCUGCCCCCUGUCCUCCAGGUGUAACCCCUCUGCCCCCUGUCCUCAUGUGAGUUCCAAAUGGCACCGCACCCUUUUCCCAUACAUAGUGUACGGGCCCUGGUUAAAAGUAGUGCCCUAUAUUGGGGAUAGGGUGCCAUUUGGGACUCCUCCUUUCUUCCUGGUCCCAAGCCGGCUCAGUGCUCGGUGCUCGGUGCUCGGUGCUCGGUGCUCGGUGCUCGGUGCUCGGUGCUGCUGCUGUCUCUGUGGGGUUUGUCAGAUGUGAUGGCCAGACGGCGACUCUCAGGCCGGGCCUGACGUGACCCGUCAUAUAAUUGUGCACAGCUGAAGCCCUGAAGAGAGCACGCGGCCAGGCCAGCUCUUUCAAAUCAAAUCAAAAGUUUAUUGGUCGUGUACAUAGUUUAGCAGAUGUUAUAGCGGGGGGGGGGGGGGGGGGGGGGGCAGCGAAAUGCUUAUUUUAAUAGCUCCUAACAAUGCAGUAAAAGUUACACAAAAAAUUAUACGAAAUCAAGAAAUGUCGGAACGAAUCCAAGUAGCCGUUACCUGCAGUCAAGUGAGCUAAUGGCCUCAUGGGUGGAAUGUUAUUAAUAUUUUUCAUAAUUUCAUAAUAAUGCACAUUAUAUUUUUUUAACAGCCGGAAAUCCGGUGAUUCUAUGCCAAAUGGUUUAGUUAUAUUUCAGUUUUCAGUGUUGUACAGUACCAGUCAGAAGUUUGGACACAUUGAAGGGUUUUUCUUUCUUUCUUUUUCACUAUUUUCUAUAUUGUAGAAUAAUAGUGAAGACAUCAAAACUAUGAAAUAACACGUAUGUAAUCAUGUAGUAACCAAAACAGUGUUAAACAAAUCAAAAUAUAUUUUAGAUGUUAGAUUCUUCAAAUGGCCACCCUUUGCCUUGAUGACAGCUUUGCACACUCUUGGCAUUCUCUCAACCAGCUUCACCUGGAAUGCUUUUCCAACAGUCUUGAAGGAGUUCCCACAUAUGCUGAGCACUUGUUGGCUGCUUUUCCUUCACUCUGCGGUCCAACUCAUCCCAAACCAUCUCAGUUGGGUUGAGGUCGGGGGAUUGUGGAGGCCAGGUCAUCUGAUGCAGCACUCCAUCACUCUCCUUCUUGGUAAAAUAGCCCUUACACAGCCUGGAGGUGUGUUGGGUCAUUGUCCUGUUGAAAAACAAAUGAUAGUCCCACUAAGCCCAAACCAGAUGGGAUGGCGUAUCGCUGCAGAAUGCUGUGGUAGCCAUGCUGGUUAAGUGUGCCUUGAAUUCUAAAUAUAUCACAGACAGUGUCACCAGCAAAGCACCCCCACACCAUAACACCUCCACCUCCAUGCUUCACGGUGGGAACCACACAUGCGGAGAUCAUCCGUUCACCUACUCUGUGUCUCACAAAGACACAGCGGUUGGAACCAAAAAUCUCACAUUUUGGACUCAUCAGAACAAAGGACAGAUUUCCACCGGUCUAAUGUCCAUUGCUCAUGUUCCUUGGCCCAAGCAGGUCUCUUCUUAUUAUUGGUGUCCUUUAAUAGUGGUUUCUUUGCCGCAAUUCGACCAUGAUUCACGCAGUCUCCUCUGAACAGUUGAUGUUGAGAUGUGUCUGUUACUUGAACUCUGUGAAGCAUUUAUUUGGGCUGCAAUCUGAGGUGCAGUUAACUCUAAUUAACUUAUCCUCUGCAGCAGAGGUAAUUCUGGGUCUUCCUUUCCUGUGGCGGUCCUCAUGAGAGCCAGUUUCUUCAUAGUGCUUGAUGGUUUUUGCGACUGGACUUGAAGAAACUUUCAAAGUUCUUGAAAUGUUCCGUAUUGACUGACCUUCAUGUCUUCAAGUAAUGAUGGACUGUAAUUUCUCUUUGCUUAUUUGAGCUGUUCUUGCCAUAAUAUUGACUUGGUCUUUUACCAAAUAGGGCUAUCUCCUGUAUACCCCCUUACCUUGUCACAAUACAACUGAUUGGCUCAAACACAUUAAGAAGGAAAUUAAUUCCACAAAUUAAAUUUUAACAACAGGUACACCUGUUAAUUGAAAUGCAUUCCAGGUGACUACCUCAUGAAGCUGGUUGAGAGAAUGCCAAGAGUGUGCAAAGCUGUCAUCAAGGCAAAGGGUGGUUACUUUGAAGAAUCUCAUAUAAAAUAUAUUUUGAUAUGUUUAACACUUUUUCUGGUUACUACAUGAUUCCAUAUGUGUUAUUUCAUAGUUUUGACGUCUUCACUAUUAUUCUACAAUGUAGAAAAUAGUACAAAUUAAGAAAAACCCUUGAAUGAGUAGGUGUGUCCAGAUUUUUGACCGGUGCUGUACAUAAAUAAUAAUUGAAAGAAUAGGGUGCCAUUUGGGACACGUCCAGAGUGAUGGGAGGGGAUGGAUGGAGAGGGAGGGAGGCCCUCUGGGUUUCCUCUGAGUAGCUGCUAUAGCGUGAUAAUGUAACGUAUUUCUUAGCUAGUGUGUGAGGUGUUAUUUCCGUCCUGCACCAUGUGGUAUGAGGGGACACUGGUAGUAAUGGAUCUCUCUGAAUAAACAUAACAAGGUCAUAGAAAGUAAAUAUGGAGCUUAGCCUCUGCUCGUAAGCUCUGAGGACUGCUUAAAUAUAGCAACUGGUUUAAGGAAAAAGCUACCAGUUUAUAUGAAAAAGUUCUUAAAUGCAAAAACAAAAGACAAUUUUCAUUUCAAAUAAUGUUGUAACUCAUGUAUUCAUAUGCGUAUUGUUCUUAAUAUAAAUAUAAACUAUGCACUUUAGAUGCACAGGUUUGUCAAUCGACUUUUAGGGGUUAAUAUAAAAUUCACUAGGAAUUAUGCAUUUUACAGAUUUAAAAACCAGUUGGGAAAAUCAUAGCUAGGAAUCCAAUAGUUUUUUCCCCAUGUGUUUUCUCCAGCAUGCAACGAAGCGUUUUGAGAAUGAGGUGCAGAGUGAACGGGAGGCGUCGCUAGUCCAGAAGAAACACACCAUCAUCCAGAGACAGAAGCAUGAGAUCAGGAAGCUCAUCCAGAGCCAGGUGUCACUCACUCUGUGUCCCUAAUAGCACCCUAUUCCUUAGACAGUGUACUAUAGGAAUCUGGUCAAAAUUAGUGCACCAUAAAGGGAAUAGUGUGUUAUGUUUACAGUUACACUUUUAUUGUAUCUUUAUUUAACUAGGCAAGUCAGUUAAGAACAUAUUCUUAUUUACAAUGAUGGCCUACACCGGCCAAACCCGGACGACGCUGGGCCAAUUGUGCGCAGCCCUAUGGGACUUCCAAAAUCACAGCCGGUUGAGAUACAGCCUGGAAUCGAACCAGGGGGUCUGUAGUGACGCCUCAAGCACUGAGAUGCAGUGCCUUAGACCGCUGCGCCACUCGACUAGUGUUAGUUAGGUCUAAGGUUGGUUUAUGUCGUGGGAUACCUAUGCACAAACAGGUGUUGACUUGAUUCUUGACUUUUUUAAUUUGACUUUUUCACCCUGUGUGCCCACUCCUGGAGCACUAGCCAUUUUUUGUGAUGAUUGACACUUGAGUUGUUGCGAUAGACAUCCAAACAUGACAUACUCAACACGCUCUACUCCAUGACCUGGCUUCAAAUACUAUUUGAAAUCAUUUCAAAUACUUAAUCUGGGCUUGAUUUGAGUUUGCCUGGCGCAAAAGGAACCAAUAGAGUAGUCACAGGCUAAAGCGAAUGCUAAAACUGGUUUUAAAGAUUUCAGAUGGCGUUUGAACCCCGGUCUGCCUUCCUCCCUCCAUUACAGACGGGCAACUUCCCCAAGCUGGUGGAGCAGUUCAACAAGUCUCUGCGUCACACUGAUUACACGGUGAUGGAGGACCUGUGUACCAGCAUGUCCUUCAUAGACAUCUACCUGACCACCCUGGAUCACCAGGACAACACUGUCGAUAAGUAGGCACCCUACAGCAUCCCACAGCACCCUUACAGUCUGAACAAGUAGGCAUCCCACAGCACCCUUACAGUCUGAACAAGUAGGCAUCCCACAGCACCCUUACAGUCUGAACAAGUAGGCAUCCCACAGCACCCUUACAGUCUGAACAAGUAGGCAUCCCACAGCACCCAGUACAGUCUGAACAAGUAGGCAUCCCACAGCACCCUUACAGUCUGAACAAGUAGGCAUCCCACAGCACCCUUACAGUCUGAACAAGUAGGCAUCCCACAGCACCCAGUACAGUCUGAACAAGUAGGCAUCCCACAGCACCCUUACAGUCUGAACAAGUAGGCAUCCCACAGCACCCAGUACAGUCUAAGCGUGUGUCCCGAAUAGCACCCUAUUCCCUAUAUAAUGCAUGAUGGAAUUUGGGACGUAGUACACCAAGCACUAAAUGUCUUCUCUCAGAGACCUUUAGGUAGGCACACACACGCAAUCAGAGUCCCAUCUGGGUCACAGCCAAACAGACACUAUCCUAUAAAGGGUUAAUGAUUCUUCUGUGAGGGCAAACAGACACUAUCCUAUAAAGGGUUAAUGAUUCUUCUGUGAGGGCAAACAGACAGUAAACGAGGGUUAUAAAGACAGAUAGGUGUUUUGGACUCAAUUGAGUGUUAUGACACAAUAGGAAGGGAAUAGGGUUAGAGAGAUGUCUGUUAUGACACAAUAGGAAGGGAAGAGGGUUAGAGAGAUGUCUGUUAUGACAUAAUAGGAAGGGAAUAGGGUUAGAGAGAUGUCUGUUAUGACAUAAUAGGAAGGGAAGAGGGUUAGAGAGAUGUCUGUUAUGACAUAAUAGGAAGGGAAUAGGGUUAGAGAGAUGUCUGUUAUGACAUAAUAGGAAGGGAAUAGGGUUAGAGAGAUGUCUGUUAUGACAUAAUAGGAGGGAAUGAGGGUUAGAGAGAUGUCUGUUAUGACAUAAUAGGAAGGGAAAGGGUUAGAGAGAUGUCUGUUAUGACAUAAUAGGAAGAGGGUUAGAGAGAUGUCUGUUAUGACAUAAUAGGAAGGGAAUAGGGUUAGAGAGAUGUCUGUUAUGACAUAAUAGGAAGGGAAGAGGGUUAGAGAGAUGUCUGUUAUGACAUAAUAGGAGGGAAUAGGGUUAGAGAGAUGUCUGUUAUGACAUAAUAGGAAGGGAAUAGGGUUAGAGAGAUGUCUGUUAUGACAUAAUAGGAAGGGAAGAGGGUUAGAGAGAUGUCUGUUAUGACAUAAUAGGAAGGGAAUAGGGUUAGAGAGAUGUCUGUUAUGACAUAAUAGGAAGGGAAGAGGGUUAGAGAGAUGUCUGUUAUGACAUAAUAGGAAGGGAAGAGGGUUAGAGAGAUGUCUGUUAUGACAUAAUAGGAGGGAAUAGGGUUAGAGAGAUGUCUGUUAUGACAUAAUAGGAAGGGAAUAGGGUUAGAGAGAUGUCUGUUAUGACAUAAUAGGAAGGGAAUAGGGUUAGAGAGAUGUCUGUUAUGACAUAAUAGGAAGGGAAUAGGGUUAGAGAGAUGUCUGUUAUGACAUAAUAGGAAGGGAAGAGGGUUAGAGAGAUGUCUGUUAUGACAUAAUAGGAAGGGAAGAGGGUUACCUGGAUCUGUUAUGACAUAAUCCAUGAAUGGCGAUAGAGGGUCACCUGGAUCUGAAUAAGAUCAUAAUUAAAGAAGGGAAUGUUUAAGAGAUUGUCUGUGUUGACUUUGCUUUUUUAACUACAUGGACCGGAAGGGCAUUUUCAAUCAGAACUUGUUUUGUCUAUGAAAAGACCUGGAUGUUGUGGAACAUAUGUAAGCUGUUUUUCUGGAGAUUCCGUUAGAAAUGGAUGAAUUCGAUGAUGUGUCCGUUUGCAUAAUAGGCAGUCUCAUAUUCUUUUAAAGCUCCAACUAAUGGACGUAGACUGGUAAACGUAAGCUUAAGUGACAUGCACGUGUCAACUUCGUCAAAAUUAUGUUGACUGCAAAGAAUGUGGUAGAGUUCUUUUGCAUAUAGAAGGGAAUAGGGUUAGAAGAUGUCUGUUAGGACAUACAUAGGAAAGCGGAAAGGGUUAGAGAGAUGUCUGUUAUGACAUAAUAGGAGGGAGAUGGUUAAGAGAUGUCUGUUAUGACAUAAUAGGAAGGAAGAUUGUUAGAGAGAUGUCUGUUAUGACAUAUAGGAAGGGAAUAGGGUUAGAGAGAUGUUUUGUUAUGACAUAAAAGGAAGGGAAGAGGGUUUGAGAGAUGUCGUUAUGACAUAAUAGGAAGGGAAUGGGUUAGAGAGAUGUUUUAUGACAUAAUAGGGAAGGGAAGAGGGUUAGAGAGAUGUCUGUAUGACAUAAUAGGAAGGGAAGAGGGUUAGAGAGAUGUCUGUUAUGACAUAAUAGGAGGGAAUAGGGGUUAAAAGAAUUUUCUGUUAUGACAUAAAAGGAAGGGAAUAGGGUUAGAGGGGAUGUCUGUUAUGACAUAAUAGGAAGGGAAUAGGGUUAGAGAGAUGUCUGUUAUGACAUAAUAGGAAGGGAAUAGGGUUAGAGAGAUGUCUGUUAUGACAUAAUAGGAAGGGAAUAGGGUUAGAGAGAUGUCUGUUAUGACAUAAUAGGAAGGGAAGAGGGUUAGAGAGAUGUCUGUUAUGACAUAAUAGGAAGGGAAGAGGGUUACCUGGAUCUGUUAUGACAGCCAUGAAGUGGCGAUAGAGGGUCACCUGGAUCUGAAAUAAGAUUCAUAAUUAAAAACUGUUUGAAUUUCUGUGUUGACUUUCUUUUUCAAUACAUGGACCGGAGGCACUUUUCAAUCAGAACUAUGUUUUUGUCUUAUCCUAAAAACCUGGAUGUUGUGGAAACAUUUCUAAGCUGUUUUUCUGGAAUAUCCAGUUUAGAAAUGGAUACAUUCGAUGAUUUGUCCGUUUUGCAUAAUGCAGUCUCAUAUUCUUUUAAGCUCCAACCUAAUGACGUAGACUUGGUACCGUAAGCCUUAAGGUGACUGUCACGUGUCAACUUCGUCAAAAUUAUGUUGACGCAAAGAUGAUGAUUUGGGUAAUUACUACAUUUUCUCGGGACGUGCAUGAUUAUAGUAAUUUAGUCGGUGUAAUAAGGCUUGUAACAGCGUGCAGCGGUACCAUCCAAACAUCCACUAUCAGCAGCUUGUUUGUCAUUUUGUUUCAGGUUCAAAUCGUGAAACUACAUCCUCAGAAAUCUGCAACUAAAUGAGGAUACUAUCGCAUACACCUUUACACGGUUUAUGUCUUUAUAGCAUAAACACUUUCAGUUGAUAUGAGGCCUCGAUAACGCUGCCUUUGUGUACACUCAAAUGAAAGGGCAAUAUCUCAUUUGUAAAGAAAACGUUUGUGUGUGUGUGUGUGUGGUGAUAGAUAGCUACCACAGUGACUUUAAAUUACAGGUCAUUAUAGAGGCUAUAGUUGUUAUGAAAAGUAAGGUAACUAAAGUGUUAUGAAGAGAUGAAAUAAGAGAACAUCCCCUUGCAGGCUGCAGCAGUUGUUAUCUGAGGCCAUUCUGAUUCUGAGUGUCUUACUGGAAGAAGACCUGAUUGAAAUGGAGCAGAAAGCAAUGAGAGAGAGGAAAAUCAAAAUGAGCGAACAACAGGUACAGGAACAGGGAUCCAUCUGAGAGCUGCUGAGAGCUGAAAGCCUUAUUCAUUUGCAUACUGGUAUUCAAAUAAAAAAAAG